AUGGGCCAGGCCCCAGGAGCAGGGAGAGGCCUGAGCAUCCGAGGAGGCACCCCAAGGGCCACUCAGCGGGGGGCUACUGUUCAUCAGGCUCCAGAGGCCCAGCGCCCGCCCACGUGUGCCCCUGGCACAGGGGAUGCACUGGGGCUGAGAGGUCGCAGCCAGGAGCCAGGCCGGCUCUGUGGAGGGAGGCCCUGCCUCGGCACCAUGCCGUCCUGUCCUGCCUUUGUCCUUGUCCUUAGGGCCAGCCUGAUACCCUGGAGACUCCUCGUGGAGACCCGAGUCUCGGCCAGGGGCUUCUCACCACGCGGGGAGGUCUUCUCACCACGCGGGGAGGUCUCAUCUGGAGAAAAUGCAUUUUUGAGGAUGUGCACGUGA